GGGGCCACGCCCCCGGGGCGAGGACGCACUUGAUGUGACGUCACUGCCGCGCUGGGUCAGGGGCGGGGCCAACAAGGCAAAGAUGGCGCUGAACAGGAACCAUUCGCAGGAGGGUGGUGUUGUUAUCCCCAAUGCCGAGAGUAUUCUCAAACAGUGUAAAGAUGUGGAGCUUUCCUUCAGUGACGUGACAGGCAAGCCUGAAAUCUUCAAAGGCACCAAGAAAGGAAUGCUGUAUCUCACCCCUUACAGAAUGAUCUUUGUGUCCAAGGGCAAGGAUCCUAUGCUGUCUUUCAUGAUGCCAUUUUAUUUGGUGAAAGGAUGCUCAAUCGAGCAGCCUGUUUUCUCUGCCAAUUACAUCAAAGGACAGAUCCAGGCUGAGGUCGGAGGUGGCUGGGAAGGGCAGGGGAUGUUUAAACUGACUUUCAACAGCGGAGGAGCCAUUGAGUUUGGACAGCUGAUGUUGAAAGCUGCUUCUAGUGUUUCUAGUGGCGUUCCUCUGCAGAACCCUAGCUGUGGAUACACCUCUGUUCCCGGGGGCUACUCACCUGUUCCGGGAGGCUAUGCUGCCCCACCGCUACCAAACGGACCUUAUCCCUAUGCACCACCUUCAGUGAAUGCUUACGGACCUGCUCCACAGCCCAUGGGAUAUCCAUACACCCAGACCCCAGGUAUUUACCCACCACAUCCAAACACAAACCCCAUGUACAUGCCAUCUCCACCACCCUACUCCGGGGCACCUCCUGCAGGACCCUCGGCUCCCCCAGCCUGGGUGAGCCCAGGAAUGCCAGGAGGCAGUAAGGCCAUGGAAGCUGCUUCCAGUGCCUAUUACAACCCUGCCAACCCACACAAUGUGUACAUGCCCAUGGAUCAGCCACCUCCUUAUGCACCUCCUGAGGAUAAGAAGAACAACUAACAGAAGAAAAUUGCAACCAACCUCCCAGAUUAUCUCUCCCUGAAGAUUAUUUGGCUGUUAGUACCCCUCAAGUUAGCAUAUCUCUAGAUCUCAGUUUCUCUACAGUGUAGUGCUGGCCAGCUGAGCACCUGCCCUCUUUAAACAUUGAGUCAGGCAAUACAAGGCAGGACAACAGCAGUUUCCUACUUACCUGCUUUUUUCAUGGGGUUGAAGGACUAACUUUUGCCCUGCCAUUCGCUUGAGGAGAGAGAUAGACUUCUUAUUAAAGUGUAUUGCAUGACUAAUUGUCUUGGUAAUCUAGGACUAAAAUGUGAAGGCUCUGGGAUCUUGUUGGAGUAAACCACCUUGGAAUGUCAAACUGUUGACUUCUGGAGCAACAACCAGGAAGAAAGGUGUAGAGACCUAUGACAUCCCCUCUACAGAUCCUCAGGUGCCCUAGAAAGGUGUUAAAUUUCCUUAAGUUCUAGGGCAGUUCAGUUUGGAAAUCCUGUAUUGUGAUGGAAGUGUGUGGCAUCCUGGAAGAGAUGCUGAAGCAUUUGGCUACACAAGAGGGAAGGGGAUGAGUCCCAAUCAGCCUGUCUUUGUAGCCAUUGAAUAGCGAUGAAAACAAAGGUGUGCCUCAGGGCAGUGAGAUCAUAGAUUGGCAGAUCUGAGGAUCAGUCUGUCUUUUCCCUGUCGGAGCAGGCCUCAUAUCUCUGUAAUGAUCCUGUGUCAAGCAACUGUUCUUCAAGCCUAAUGGAGUCAAGUGCUGCAUGCCUUGGAGUAAAGUAUGUUACAUUAGGCAGAUGACCUGGCACUAGCUUUGUCAAGAGACAAGUCCUGCAGCCCUGGCUCCCUCUACUGAGCAAACUUGCACUGUGUGCUACCUCCACAAGGGAAAACUGGCCUUCAUCUUUUCCUCUAGCUGCUGGAGCCAGGCUGUGUGUGCCCACAUCUGAGCAGCAUGGGCAGGUGGGCACUCUAAUGCCAGAGUUGGUUGUUUACAGGUGCCCUCUUGGUUGUUACAGGCUGAGAACUGCUGUCUGAGUGGGAGUUACUAAUGCUUGGAUCUCUUGCAGAGGCUGGCUGCUCAGCCACAACCUUUCCUUUUUCCUUAGGAUAUAGUGCCAUUAAACCUGUUCUGAAGAGUCUCUAGUCUGGUGAAGACCCUUGUGAUCCUUUACAUAUAGGGUGAUUGUACUUCUUCCUACAGCCUCCCUGCCUUCACAAGGGGGAAGGAGUGUUUUCCCUCUUACUUCCCUGUAUGGCCGGGCUUUCCUGCAACUCAGGUUUGCACAACUUAAAAGAAUGAAUUCCUAAAGAAGUUCCAUGUGGGGGGAAGUAAGUUUCCUGAUCUGUACACUUUUUCUGACUUAGAGAUAUUCUAACAACACUGUAUUUAAAAAAAAAUCAACCAUGAAUGUAUAUAACUUUUUGAGUUGCACUUUAAUACAGGCGUGUUGAUACCUUUUUCUGCCA